AUGUUCAGCUCGUGGGAUCUCGUGCGACCGCACUUCUGGUACCCCAUGUCGUCACUCGAACAGUCUAUGAUGGAGCUCGAGCACAUGAGUGACAGCAUGAUGCGACCGCGCUUCCCUUUUGGGGCGCGUCGAGAGAUGCUCGCCACUCAAACUCCAAAGCACGUCAUGUACUCCGGGAAGUCGACGGACGAUGACGACUUCUUCGUCGACCUGCCUGUGGUGGCACACAAGUACAAGCCGACGGCGUUCCAACCGGUGCAAAACGCACCGCAACAGGAUCAACAAGUAUCCAGCACCAAGACAUUGAAGGAUGACGACCCGAUGAGCCACUCGUUCUCGUCUUACUCGUUCAGCAACUCAUCUGUUGUGGACGAGAAGGGUCGACGAGUGGCAACGACGCGUCGCCGCUACGAAGACUCCACGGGUCAUCUCAAAGCGCACGAGUCCAUUUGUUCAAGCGGCAGUCCGGAGGAGUUUGAAACGCUGUGGCAGCAGACGCCAUUCGGUGCGGCACAGAAGACGUCAGUGAAAGGCCAGCUGCAGGCCGAGUCAGAAGUUGAUCGAGACGUGACACCGUCGAUGACACCUGCGCCGCUGGCGGACACUACUGUCCAUGAAACGUCAACGGAGAUGACAUCGACGGAGAAAUGCGCGGAGGUAGAGACAGAAAAGAAGCACAACUUGUAG